UUGACCACGUGCUUCCAGAACCUGGAUCGAGUUUACUGACCUCCUUUGAGAAGUGGCAUGAGGCAGCUGACACCAAAUCCUGCUGCGAUUACUCUCUCCAUGUGGACAUCACCAGCUGGUAUGACGGGAUUCGAGAAGAGCUGGAAAUACUGGUGCAAGACAAAGGUGUGAACUCUUUUCAAGUCUACAUGGCCUACAAAGAUCUCUACCAAAUGUCCGACAGCCAGCUUUAUGAAGCCUUUACCUUUCUAAAAAGCCUUGGGGCUGUUAUCCUGGUCCACGCUGAAAAUGGAGACUUGAUAGCUCAGGAACAAAAGCGUAUCCUGGAGAUGGGAAUCACCGGGCCCGAGGGACACGCCCUGAGCAGACCUGAGGAGCUUGAAGCAGAAGCAGUUUUCCGUGCCAUCACCAUUGCCAGUCGAAUAAACUGCCCAGUGUACAUCACCAAGGUGAUGAGCAAGAGUGCGGCUGAUAUCAUUGCACUGGCCAGAAAGAAAGGUCCCCUUGUUUUUGGAGAGCCGAUCACUGCCAGCUUGGGGACAGAUGGGACACAUUACUGGAGCAAAAACUGGGCCAAGGCUGCAGCUUUUGUGACCUCGCCACCUCUGAGCCCUGAUCCUACCACUCCAGACCACUUAAAUUCACUCUUAGCAUGUGGGGACCUGCAGGUGACGGGAAGUGGACAUUGCCCGUAUAGCACUGCCCAGAAAGCCGUUGGAAAGGACAACUUCACUAUGAUUCCUGAAGGGGUCAACGGAAUUGAGGAAAGAAUGACUGUUGUCUGGGACAAGGCUGUAGCCACAGGUAAGAUGGACGAGAGCCAGUUUGUAGCUGUCACCAGUACCAAUGCUGCCAAAAUCUUUAAUCUGUAUCCAAGAAAAGGCCGGAUUGCUGUAGGAUCGGAUGCUGAUGUGGUUAUUUGGGACCCUGAUAAGGUGAAGACUAUAACAGCUAAAAGCCAUAAAUCGGCUGUUGAGUACAACAUCUUUGAAGGAAUGGAGUGCCAUGGUGCUCCGCUCGUGGUCAUAAGCCAAGGGAAGAUUGUGUUUGAAGAUGGAAAUCUGCACGUAAAUAAGGGAAUGGGCCGCUUCAUCCCUCGCAAACCUUUCCCUGAAUAUCUUUACCAGCGCAUCAAAAUCAGGAAUAAG